AAUUCCAAACCUUUCAGUUAAGUCUCAAAAUUCCUUCAGAUGAAGGAGAAAACCUUGAUCAUAAGAAGAAUGGUCUGAUUCACAGGUCAACUUCAGAAUAAAGCCAAACCUAAAAAAAGGCGAUCCAGAAUCUUUCCACGACCGGAAGAGAUGAACACUGCGAGGCCUUUCGACUUAAUCAAACGCCCAGGGCAGACAAACGUUCCUUCCCUCGAAAAUAUAAGUGAUUUUUCGUUAAAUGUCACUGACUGCACCCAGGUUGUUGUGCCAGAGGAAGUGUUUUUCACUGUUGCUGCUGCUGGGAUGCUGGAAAAUCUGCUUAUCCUUAUUGCUGUUGUUAGAAACAAGAAUUUGCACUUGCCCAUGUACUUCUUCAUUUGCAGUUUAGCCAUUUCAGACAUGUUAGGUAGCUUGUACAAGACUCUGGAGAACAUCUUUAUCAUCUUGUGCAAAAUGGGAUACCUGACACGUCAUGGGGACUUUGAGAAAAAACUGGAUGAUGCCAUGGAUUCCAUGUUCAUUCUGUCUUUACUGGGGUCUAUUUUCAGCUUGUUGGCUAUUGCAGCAGAUCGAUACAUCACUAUCUUCUAUGCUUUGCGGUACCAUAAUAUCAUGACAAUGAGAAGGGCCUUGGUUAUCUUGGCAAUCAUUUGGACUUUCUGUGCUGGCAGUAGCAUUGCCAUUGCCCUCUUCUCCUAUGAAGCUGCAACAGUCAUUCCCUUCACUAUCCUGUUCCCUUUAAUGAUGUUUUUUAUACUGUGCCUCUAUGUCCAUAUGUUCCUCCUGGCUCGAUCUCAUGCCAAAAUGAUUGCUUCGCUGCCCACCAGCACAGUCCACCAGAGAACUAACAUGAAAGGAGCAAUUACACUGACUAUUUUUCUAGGAGUUUUCCUUUGCUGUUGGGCCCCCUUUGUUCUUCACAUUCUCUUAGCCAGGUUUUGCCCACAUAACCCUUACUGUGCUUGCUACAUGUCCAUUUUCCAUGUGAAUGGAACACUCAUAAUGUGCAAUGCGAUCAUCAACCCUAUGAUUUUUGCAUUCCGAAGCCCAGAACUGAGGAGUACAUUUAAGAAGAUGUUCUACUGUUCCAGGUCAAACUGGAACUGGAACUGGUAAACACUUAGUGAAAAAUGAAGAUUAUAGAAGCACCUGUGGAUUGCUGUGCAACAUCUGUUUGCAGAGUUAAAAAUAC